AACACGAAGCCUAGCAACAGUGGGCGACUGAGUAACUGUGCGCAUCAAUCAUAUCGCGCUACCCGCACUACUUUCCCCCUUCCUUCUCGUGAUUCCACCCGUUUUCAAUCCAUUCAUUUGAUUCCUCCGAUCAAUUCUUCCAUUGUAUUUCCAUGGCCUCCCCACUCCACAACCAUGGCGGCGACGCCUUCCCCUCCAGGCCGCCGUUCCCAGAACUUCAUCACCACCGCCGCAGCCGCCUGCACUUCCUCAUUCUGCUGAUCCGCAUCGUCACCUUCGGCUUCGCUUUGGCCGCCGUCAUCGUCACCGCCACCAUCUCCUCCCCUUCCUGGCUCCGCUUCAAUUCUUUCCGGUUCUUGCUCGCGGCGAACGCCAUCGUGGCCGCUUACGCACUCUUCGAGACGUGUGCCGCCGUUUACCAGAUCCUGACGGGAGGCGCCACGCUCUUCCCGGAGCCCAUGCAGCUCCUCUUUGACUUCGCUCACGACCAGGCGUUCGCGUACAUGGCUGUGGCGGCGGGGGCGGCGUGGGCGGCGGAUGCGCGGAGGGUGAGGGGCCAGGGAGCGUGCGAGGGAGGGUUCUGCGUGAAGGCGGACGUGGCGGUGGCGAUGGGGUUCGCUGCCUUCGUCUUCCUGGCGCUGACGGCUCUAAUCACUGGGUAUCGGAUCGCCGGCUACCUGACAACAGGUUCCGGCCGGCAACAAAUCCGGUAGAGUGGCCGUACGUACGUACGUACGUAAGCAGAGUUCCAUUGCACUGUGGAUCCAGGAUUUUUAGCUUUUGAACAAAAAUAAUUAUUAUAUACUGUAUUUAAAGGUCAUACAGUCAGCAGUGUUAGGUGUCAACGAGCUAGCGUGUGCUAAGCCUCAGUGAUUGGUAUUGAUGAAUAAACAACGACCACUCCCUUAAUCA